UAAUUUCAUUGGGCCAAAGAUCAAUUUAAAGGCUCAAUAGAGGCCCAAAUGUUGGCCCAUAAAGGAAGUGGAGAAAUGUAGCCGUUACCGUCAAUGGUGGUACGGUAUUUUUUUUAUUGUUAUGACCGUAACAAGCGAAACGUCGUGGGAAAAUCCGACCGUUGUAAAUAUAACCGUUGGCAAGGGAACACCAAUUUAAAUACCUGAAAACUCUGCUCUCGUUCUUCACUGAUCGAGCAAAACCUGGUUAUAUAGCAAACUCAUUGUUCUUCGAAUCUCUCUCUCUCUCAUAGCUGAUUUCCCCGUCUGUUCUUCCGUUUUCGAUCUCUCUUUGUUUUUUUGGGACAAUGGGUGAAACCAGAGAUGCAUAUGUGGUGGAAAUUCCAGUAGACGAAGAGCAUCAAGAGAAACGACAGAUGGGUUCGAACAGGGGAAUCCUCGAAAUGAUUCAGCAGCACCCAUUGUCGGAAAUAUCUGAGAGUCCAGGUCACUUGUUGCUUCUGAAACUUUGCCUGCUGAAGGAAUCGAGGAUCGACUCUAUUAAAAGAGAGAUCUUUCAGCUCUGCUGCUUCUUCCUCGUCUUCCAUGGCUUCUUCUUCACCAUUCUCUAUUCUUCUUCUGAGGGUGAAAAUCAUGGGAAAAACGAUGAGAUUUGCAGGAAAUGGUGGAUACCCUCUGCAGUUUCUCUGGCAAGUUCGCUGGUUAUGGUCUUGCUGGUGCAGGCUAAGCUGUUCUUGUACUGGAAAGUGUGUCGUAGAUUGGAGAGGGAGAGGAACGAUAACAGGGCGCUUACACGGUGUGUUCAGGAGCUGAGGAUGAAAGGGUCGAGCUUUGAUUUGUCGAAGGAGCCGUUGAGCGGGAAGAGGAUGAAGAGUUCGAGCGUGGAGAUCAAGUGGAAACCCGUUACUUGGUUUUCUCAGUAUCUGAUCACCAUUGUUCUUCUUUGCAUUGCAGGGUUGUUCUUCCCGAUCUCAAAGUUCAUCCUCUGCGGAUUUUGACAGAUUGAAUCGGUUUCCACCCUCUGAAUCUUUCGACAUUUAAGGAUCCUGCAAUGCAAUCUAUGCAUCGGAAUCUCGGGAUGAAGCUGUUUGGUCCGAUCUUAACAAAACUUGUUUCACCGUGUCAGCUCGGGAAAUUCUCUGUCAAAUGUCCGGGGAUCCAAAGAACAACCUUAAAAGCAGUUGCAGAAACACCCUUUUCUGUCAUCAACAACUGCAGAGUUCCUGAACCAACCGUCACGGUUUUCUGCAAGUGAUGUAUGUUAGGUCGGAUCAGACCACACACAAAAACAAAGCACUCUUUUGAUGUUUUUGAUUCUUAUUUUAUUAUGGAAAAUAAAGAACACAGCUUGUGUAA